UGAUCGAAAUAAAAUUACAAUCAUAUGUUGGUAGUAUACACUAUACACGGAUUACCGCCACGGUUGUUGUGGUUCGACAAUGAAUACGGAUUUAUAUUUUUAACUAAAAAUUGAGACGAUAGUGCUAUUUAGCAUUGAGAUAAAAAGCUGAUCAUAUAAAUAAAUACACAUGGAUUCCAAUAUUGAUGUGGAAUUAUCAACUAAUGAAACUCAAAAGGAUUCAGAUACAGAGAAUGAAAAAAAAACUAAAGAUAUGAAUGAAUCUAAUAAAAGAACAGAUAUUACUACAAAUGAAGAACAGAGAUCAGUAGUCUCAAAAGAAGAUGAAAAUAUUGUUGAUGAAAAUGAAGCUAAUAAAAUUAAAAAAAAAAAAAUAAAUAUGGUAGAUGAAAUAGAAAAAAAAUUAUCUGAUGAAAAUUCAAAAAGUAUUCAAUUAUCAACUACUGUAUCAUGUCAAGAGAAUUUAUCAACUACUAAGUCAUGUCAACAAAAUGUUUCUGAAGAAGGUAACUUAAUAGUAAAGGAAUUAUCUUUACAAGAAAUUAAUACAAAUACUGUGGUUACAGACUGUAAUGACACACAUUCAUUGACUUUACAUGAAAGUACCAUAAAAAAUGUUUCACAAGAAAAAGGUUCAAUAGAAUUAAUGAUAUCCAAUACUAUUGACAAAGAUGACAUAGAUAAAUUAUCAGAUAACGUCAAUGUAGUAGAAUGUACAAAAUCUAAAAAAUGUUUAGGAUAUAUAUCAGAAGAAGCGGAAAAUGUCAAUAUAGAUGGUUCAUGUGAUUUGCACUUAGCAGAAAAAGAAAUUGUUGAAAAUGUUUUGGAAGAUUCUCAAAUAAACAAACAAUUUUCAGUUAGUGAAAAAAGUAAUUCAGAUAAUAAAAAGACUGAUCCAAUGGAGACAUCAGAGAGUAAUGAUAGAAAUGCGACAGAAAAAAACAUAGAACCAGAAAAUACUGAAUUUGUGCAGUUUUCUCAAGAGAAACAUGGAGAUGCACAAAUUGAAAGUCAAUCUAUGGAUGCUGAAGAUCCUUUUGGUGGAGAUAGUCUUACAACAGAAAAUAUUGAAUCUAUGGAUACUGAUGACCUUACUGAAACUAAUAUAGGAUUUUCUAAAUUGUGCAGCCAAACUGAUAAUUUACCAGCUAUUGUAAAUAAUGAGGAAAGCAGUUUUAGUAAUAAUAAAAAUAAAAAGGAUGACAAUAAUGGAGCAAAUAAAGAUAGUUCCAUUGAUAUUUUACGUUCUCCAAAUGUUACAUUGGACUUACAAGAUACUAGUAAAAAUGGUAAUGAGAAUUCAGUUCAAUCAGAAUGCAAUGAAGAUUUACAUAUAAAUUCCACUGAAAAAUGUGAUAAUCAAACAAAGAAAUCUGUCGAUGAAAUAACACCAAUGGAUACUGAAGAAGAACAAUCUAAUGUUUUACCAGGACAAGAUGAUGAGUUAUGUAUUAUCCCAGAUAGUAUGAAAGUCAUAAUUCCUGAGCAAACAGAAAAAUCAAACUCUAAUAAUGAAGAAUCAAUACAUAAAGAUAACCAUAAACAAAAUGAAAUUAAGCAAACAUGUGAAAACUCUGAACCAAAUAAUGAUGAAAACAAAGACUUACAUAAAGGCUUGAAGGAUCAAAAUACUACAAAUGAAUCUGUUAUAACACAAGCAAAAAAUAUCAGGACAGAAACAGAUUCAACUAAUAAAAUCACAGAUAUUACUACAGAUGUUAUUAACAUUGAUGAAGAAUCAAAAAAUUCCGAAAUUGAAGAAAUUGCAACUAAAGAAAUUUGUAAACAAUGUAACGAAGAAAAAUCAUGUAAAAUUAAAGUAAAAAUUGGUUUUGAUACUUACAAUGUAUGUUCGAAAACCUGUAAAGCAUUAUUCAAAGUUGCUAAUAAUAAAGCGAUGGAUAUACCAAGUGAUGGAGUUAAUUCUAAGAGAGAAAAACGUUGUGCAAACUGUUUGUUAAUUGUUGAACCUAAUGAUGAACGUAAUCUUUCUUGGGAAACAAUGGAGUUCUGUAAUGAAGAGUGUCUAGGCAAAUUUCAAACAAAAUAUGGAAGUUAUUGCAGAAAUUGCAAUGGUUCAGUACAAGCAGUAAGUUUAGGAAAAUAUUGUGUACGAUUUGGUUAUGAUGUUAGGCAAUUUUGUUGUUCCACAUGUUUGGAAGAAUUCAAAAAGGGCCUAAAAGUAUGCAGUUAUUGUCAAAAAGAUAUAAGCUCUAGUGCAGAAGGUUUUCUUGCACCAGUUGGUGAUAAAGGACAAUUUAAGGAUUUUUGUACUCAAGAUUGUAUGGGAAAAUAUUCAAAAAUGAGCUCUGUUGAACCUCCAAACAUAGAAAAAAAAUGCUGUAGCGUUUGUCAAGAAGAAAAAAUUGUUCAUUGUGAAGUUCAAAUAGACAGAUCUGAUCCAGUAGCUAUAUGUAGUGAACCAUGUUUUGCAGCAUUCAAAUUUGUGAAAAAGGUUGAUCCUGAUCAGUGUUCUACCUGCAAAAAAUUUUUUGAGUUACCUAACAAAAAAAGUUCUGUUGUGUUUUAUGAGAAUGAAGCUCAUACGUUUUGUUCUAAAACUUGUUUAAAUGUAUUUAUUAUUACCAAUAGGAAAAUUGUUCCUUGUAAUUGGUGCAAAGUAAAAAAAUAUAAUUUUGACAUGAUUAAAAAGGAACUAAAAACUUGUCAAGUAAUGAUGAUGUGCAGUUUAAAUUGCUUAACAUUAUAUCAGGUUUCUAUCAACGCAGUUUCGGCAAAACGAAUAAACUGUGACUUUUGUAAAGAAUUUUCGCAAGCACAAUAUCAUUUAACAAUGUCAGAUGCAACAAUACGAAAUUUUUGUUCUUAUCACUGUGUAAUGAAUUUUCAAGCUCAGUAUACUAAAUCUCCGAUUACGAUACCUACUGGCGAUGAUCCUGUACCUACUGGCAUGCCCAAAAGAACAUUACCUCAAAGAAACACAAAUUCCAAUAAUCAAAAAGUUAAUGAUAUACAAAACAAAAAGAAUAUGCCUGUAAUUUCUUCUGUGACAAGUUUAGCCACAAUUGGAAAUGGUCAAUCCAGUCCAACAACUCAACAAAACAGUGUAAAUAAUAUGUUAGUACCUUCAGUUGCUAUCAGCCAAAAUCAAACACAGCAAGUAAUUUAUAAACAACACAUUAUAACAAGACCACCAAGUCCAGUCCAAAUUCACAAUAAAACAACUCAGUGCAGACCUGUGAUGCACACAAAAGGAGUUUCAGUACGUCCACAUCCUUGUACAAAAGCUUCACAAACGGAUGGAAUUCACCAAGCAGUUGUACCGAUACCAGUUCCAAUUUAUGUUCCAUUUCCAAUGCAUAUGUAUACUAUGCCUUUUCCAGUUCCAUUACCUUUUCCAUUACCAAUUCCUGUUCCUAUUUUUAUACCUACAACAAGAAAUAGUGCUAAGGGAAUAUUUAAAGAAAUCAAAAGAAUACAGGAAAAAAUACCAGCAGAUCCUUUUGAAGCUGAACUUCUCAUGAUGGCAGAAAUGGUUGCAACAGAGAAGAAAGCUAAUGAGACUGAUUCGGAUUCUACAGAUGAUAGAGAUGAAGAUACUGGCGACCGUGAUCAUUCACAUGGUGGAGUUUUCAGUCCAGAAGGUGUUGAUUCUAGUAAUACAUUUGGUGAUGACAUGUUACAAAUGGCUUUAAAAAUGGCAACUGGAGAAUUAGAUGAGCCAGCUGUUGACUUAGAAGCUGCUUUAACUCCAAAUACUAUUACCGCUACACAAACACCAACACAAUCUGAUACAACUAUAGAAAAUGAUGUUCAAUCGGAACGGCUUAUUGUUCCCUCUCGGGGAAGGAAACGAAUGGUUCCAUAUAAACCACGAUCUACGCCAAAUAAACGAGGAAGGCGCGUAUCUGGCACAAAUGAUAUGCCUUUGAUGCCACCCCCGGAACCUCAACCUCCACCUCAACCGAGAAUAAUAGAACCCAUAGAAAAACCAGAUGCUAAUAUGGCUCUCAAAUAUACCUUUGGUGUAAAUGCUUGGAGACAAUGGGUAGUUACAAAAAAUGCUGAAUUAGAAAAACAAAGUACACCAAUUAGAAAAAUGAAAUUAUUUAAAACAGAUCUUUUGCAACUCACAGCUGACGAAUUAAAUUAUUCAUUAUGCCUCUUUGUGAAAGAAGUUAAAAAACCAAAUGGAGCAGAAUAUGCUCCUGAUACAAUAUAUUAUCUCUGUUUAGGAAUUCAACAGUAUUUAUUUGAAAAUAAUAGAAUAGACAAUAUUUUCACAGAUUCAUAUUAUGAAAGAUUUACUGAUUGUUUAAAUGAAGUUGCAAAGAAAUUUUCUGUUCUUUAUAAUGAUGCACAAUAUAUUGUAACAAGAGUUGAAGAAGAACAUUUAUGGGAAUGUAAGCAAUUAGGUGCUCAUUCUCCUCAUGUCCUUUUAAAUACUCUAAUGUUCUUUAACACUAAACAUUUUAAUCUUGUAACAGUAGAAGAACAUAUGCAAUUAUCAUUUUCUCACAUCAUGAAACAUUGGAAACGUAAUCCAGCUGCACAACUUACUACAGGAGCAGGAAAAGUUCCAGGUUCCAGAAACGUUCUUCUUCGUUUCUAUCCACCACAAUCAGCAUUGGAAGGUAAUUCACGUAAAAAGAAAGUAUAUGAGCAACAGGAAAAUGAAGAAAAUCCAUUAAGAUGUCCAGUCAAAUUAUAUGAGUUUUACUUGUCUAAAUGUCCAGAAAGUGUUAAGACUCGGAACGAUGUAUUCUAUUUAUUGCCAGAAAGAAGUUGUGUACCGGACAGUCCGGUAUGGUAUUCAACAUCACCAUUGGCUAAGGAACAUCUCAUAAAAAUGUUAUAUCGCAUUAAAAUGGUUAAAGAAAUCAAUGUGGCAUUAUUAACUAGCUAAUUUCAAGUUUGCAUAUUUAUCUUUAAUAUCAUGAAUACCAUGAUAUGCAAAAAAGUAAUUGUUCCCUUAUACGUCAGAUAAGAAUGUUCAAAGAACGUGUAGUCAUUGAAAUUUUUAUAAUUUCUAUUGUAUAUUUUUCACUUCCUAAUAAAACAGAAGAAUGUAUUAUUAACGAAA